CCAUGAUCAGUCUAUGCAGUCUACUUUAACGUCUGUUUUGUAGUAGCGAUAACGACUGCAACGUGUGUAUUGGACACUACUUAAACUAGUUCAACAAGCAAACAUGGGUGUGACGGAGUUAGAGGAAUCUUCUCUGUUACUGGACGAAAAGCUGCUCCGUUUCAUGGACCAGCUGGAGUUACUGGAGGAGAAACGAGCCACUCUCAACACUCUCAUAGAACAGGGAUGGUUUUCCAUGUCCAAGGCGCGAUAUUCCAUGGGAAACAAACAGGUCUCAGCUCUUCAAUACGCAAGUGAGAUUGAGCCGCUCAUCUGUGUUCAUGCAAGAUCCCUGGAUACUGGGAAGAUGGACUUCUGCGCAGAAAGAGUUUCACAAAAGUGUAGCAUUUCUGGAAAAGAUGAUAGGUCAAUAGAGGAUAUUGGCCCUCAAGAAGAAGGUGUCAGGAAAAGAAUAAAAUCAAAAAAGGAUGUUACAAAAAAAGAGACAAGUGAAGAUGCAAGUAGUGAGAAAGCUCCCGAAGUUCCUCCUGUCAGAAAAAGUGAUCAGAAUCCUCAGCAAGACCCACUGAAAUGGUUUGGGAUUUUGGUGCCACAAUCUCUUAAACAAGCACAGUCGUCAUUCAAGCAAGUAAUAGAUCUGUCUGCUGAGAUUGCAACCCUUCAGACUGCAGUUUUGAUUGCCAGACAAGACCUGAUGCACAGCAUGAAAGAGAAAUACACUCUCCAGGAGAAAACCUCGGGUGCUCAGCUGGACAAGGUGGCAGACUAAAUAAGAAUCAAAUGGAGGCUGAAUAUGAUCAGAUCUAUGGCCACAGAGCGUGACAGAAUGAAGUCACUAGAUUAUGUGUCAGGAGCCCAUAAAACUCCAACUGGUGGAGAUAAACGCUGUAGCAGUUGUUACUUGACAGUUCAUUUGUAAUACAUUAUAUGUGAACUCGUGCUGUUUUGACUGUCUGACGUGUAUUAGUAGAUGGAUGUGAUUGUGAAUGCUGUCUUUGAGGAUUUACUCAGGAUCAAUACAAUUUGUAUUGUACUAUGUAUUUAUAAAAUGAACAGAAACUUUUUGAACCAAUUCAAUAAAUUGUGCUUGUUGUAAUGUUUUAACAUUA